AUGUACAACAGCACUACUCCCCUCACCGUCGGGGUGCUUAUCCUGAGAAGCCACACGCAGUUCUCGGACAUAUCGUCCGUCGACAUCCUCGCCAUGGCGAGCACCGACUACUUGAGUAUCCUUGGCCCCAACGCGGCGCCGAUGGCGCCACUCGUAUCACCCAUGGACAUCGUCUACAUCACUGAGGACGGCGCAAGCCCGUUGGCCAUCACAGGCGGCGCUAAGAUUGUGAUCACCCAUUCAAUCCAGAACGCCCCGAAGCUCGACAUCCUCGUCGUUCCGGGCCCGCCCCUUGACUACGUCCCCACGGAGGCCAUCAAGACGCUCAUCAAGUCCACCAACGCAGCCGGCGGGCACAUCUUGUCCGUGUGCUCUGGUAUCAUCGCGGUCGCCCCGUCGGGUGUUCUUGACGGCAAGGUCGGCACAGCCCCGCUUGCGAUGAUACCCACACUGCGCAAGCUCUAUCCGAAGGUCCAAUGGAACGAUACACGCCGAUAUGAGAAGAACGAAGCCGAGGGCACCAAUGGGGAAGUGUGGUCUAGCGGUAGCAUCUUGGAUGGCAUCGACGAGGUGGCGGCUUUCGUGAGGGCGCAUUGGGCUCCCGAGAUCGCUGAGCCUAUGUUGUACGGGGCUUCGGUCCCUGAGCGCUCUGCUGAGUACAGCAAGACGGAGAAAGAGUGGGGAGCCAAGCUUGCCGCUCUCGCUUAA